UUGCACAUACUACCAGGAGUCUUUGUAUUUUGUUGCCGAUGUUUAAUAGAUUUGGAACUCGUGUUAAUUUCGAUUGUUUUUUCGAUGCCAUGUUAUGUAGACGGUAUCAAAGAAUUAGUUUUGGUUCAUCCUAACGCUUGGCGAGAAUGGCCGCAUCUGCUUCUGAGAUCGAGGACUUCUUAAGCGGACCUCUUGUUUCGUGGCUAAGAUCAUGCCUGCCAGAACCUGCCAGUAUCAAGGAAUACUCCUCCCUCUUCAAUGGAGAUAUCCUACACCAUAUCUACCUCCAGAUUGACCCAGAACCUUCAUUUCACAUUACAAAGCUAACAGGACUCGAAGACCAGGCACUCAUUUUGGGCAGAGUAAAGAAUUUUGAUGCAAUAGUUAAAAAUGUAAAGGCUUUAUUUGAUGAAGAGUUGGGAAUGACUCUAUUAGUUGUGCCUGAAUGCAUAUGCUUAGGUAAAGCACCAGAAACCCGGGAAGGUCUGGAGAAUAUGAAACUGUUGUCUCUGUUGUUACUUGGUGCAGCAGUUCAGUGUCCUAACAAAGAAAUUUUCAUUACGAGAAUUAAAGAGCUAGAUGUUGACUUGCAACAUAAUAUUGUGGAAUGUAUAAAACAGGUGACAGACAUGCAAACCGUGGUAUUAACACCAGAUGCAAUUGACCUCUUCCAAUCACCAACAAUGUUCAACCACAUGAGAAGACUGGCCAAGGAACGAGACCACUAUUUACAAAACUGGGCGUCUCUCGUCCUGAAUGAAGGAUUAUGUGAAAAUGAGAACGAAAAUAAAAAUGGAAAAAGUCGAUCUACUCAGAAUGUUAAUCAGAAUAACGGGGAAACUCAACAUCUAGCUGUUGAAUUAGCAGAUUGGAAAGCAAGGUUACGGAAACAGAGACAGGAGCUGGAAGAAAAAUCUGAACAGCUGUCGGAAUGUCGUGAAGAAUUAGAACACACUAAGCUGACGCUAGCAAAGUUACGAGCGGACAGCCAAGAGUGGUUUAACGAAGCGAGAAAGGCAGCGGGCUACAGAGAUGAAGUAGACGCUUUGAGGGAGAAGGCAGAGAGAUGUGACAGGUUGGAACAGGAGAUACAGAGAUAUCGCGAUCGUUUAUCUGAUGCUGAAUAUUAUAAGACAAGGGUCACAGAAUUACGAGAAGACAAUAAAGCUUUAAUGGAAACAAGGGAUGCGUUGGAAGAGCAGUUACAGAGGGCGAGGAAAAGGGCAGAACAAUGUCUAUCUCUAGAAGCAGCCAUGAUUAAGUUAAAAAGAGAGGCCAAUGAUAUUGCAUUGGAGAGAGAUGCAGAUCAACAAAAAAUUCAAGAACUGAUUGAGGAGAAUAAUCAUUUGCAAUACAUAACAAGAUCUGUUUUGAGUGAAAGCAACAAUAGUAACUUGGACACAGAUAAUGAAUGUGAAAAUACUUUGGAGUCGGGCGAAAACAGUUUGUCUGAACAACUGACCAGUAAUGCACAAGCGAGGGCUUUAAAACUUGAAUUAGAAAAUAAGCGACUUCUCUCUACAAUUGACAGUCUUCGAGAACAAUCGUUAUUAGAAAGUAGUGAUAAGGUAUUAGAAUUAGAAAAGGAAAAGAAGAGAUUAACGCUCAAAUGUGAACAGUUACAAGAAAACUGUAACAGACUCAAGCUGCAAAAUUCAGAAUUAGAAGAGGUAUUCAAAAAUGCAUUGGAAGAAAAUAGAAAGCUACAAGACUCAUUGGAUAAUCAAAAAACAUUUAUAGAUCGGCAAGCGAUUGAUAGAGACUCAGAAAAAAAUAAGUUACAAGAUUUCGAAAGACAUUUAGAGUCUUUGACUAAAGACAAACAAAGAAUACAAAUGUUGUGUGAUUCAAUACAAAGACGAGCAGACGAUCUCGAAAAGACAUUAGAUUCGAGAACAAAAGAGUUAAACAUAGUUAAACCUGAUGCUGAAAAAGUGACACGUUUCAUUAUACAAACAGAAGAGCUUAAAACGAAAUUAACUUACAGUGAAAAAGAAACGCAUAACUUACAAAGGGAAGUUACUAAGUUACGAGAAGCGGUAGAAGAGAAAGAUGUGACGCUCGAUACAAUUAGCACUGAAAUAGAACUUAAAAACAAAGAAAUCGAAAGAUUAAUAAGACAGAUAGAUUUAAAUCAGUCGUUAACUAGCAGACUCCAAGACUUGGAGCAAAAGACGCAAGAGUUGAAGUCAAGUAAGAAAGUCGAUACUGAAACUAUACAAGCUCUUCAAAAGGAUUUAAUACUGGAGAAGGUUAAUUUUGAUAAGUUGAGAAACUGUAUGGAUAAGCUGGGAAUAAAUACAUCAGAAUUAAUAUCAAAAGACGUCAGCAUUGAAGAAUUGUUAGAAAAAAUUAUAACAAAUGUUGAUCAUGAAGCAUUGAUAUCAGAAAUUACUGCAAAGGCAAAUUUCUUUAAUUUAGUUCCAUGUAAUUGCAAUAAUAAGGGCAAAACCGAUGUUGAUGAAAACGUUGUUAACCCUCAAAUCGAACAAUUGACUGCAGAUUUAGCGACGUUACAAGUUUCUUUAGAAAAUUGUCAAGCAGAAAAUGCUAAACUACAAGUAAAUGUAGCCACGCUUAAUUCUCAGAAUGGUUCUCUUAUCUCGCAACAAAUGACGCUACAACUUGCCAAUAGUCAACUUGCUGCAGAAAAGGAGGAAAUAAUAAAACAACUGGAGGUUUUGAAAGAUAAACAAGACAAUCUUCUACGCGAUCAAGUAGCUUUGCAAACUUUGCAUGAACAAUUAAACACAGAAUAUGAAACGUUGCUCAGUGAGAAGGAGCCCGUAAAAGCAGUAAUUCGAGAUUUGAAAAUCGAAAACAGAGAAUUAAAAGAAAAGCUAACCAAUUGUGAAAAAAAAAUAACAGACUUUGAAUUGGAACGCGAGAACUUAAAAAUCGAAUCUCGAAAUCUAACAAAUCUAAGGGCUGAACAUUCUAAGUUGAAAGAAGAUUUUAGAAAUCUGUUUACUGCCAGUGAUAGGUUAAAGAAUGAGUACAGAAAUAUGCAAGAAGAGUACAGAAAUAUUAGAAGUGAAGUCGCACAAUUAAAAUUAAGAAAUACAGAAAUUUCUGGUGAAAUUAACACAAAAUCGGAAGUGAUUACUAGUAUGGAACUGGAAAUCAGUAAAACAAAUCAACACUGUGAAAUGCUAAUUCAGAUGAAUAAGAGCUUAGAUGCUGAUAGAAGAUCGUUAAUGGAUCAUGUUUCACAACUUCUCACGCAAUACCAUGAGUUAUUAGCACAUUCUUUAAAAGAUAAACAACAUUACCAUGAGGAGGAAAAGAUGUUCGCUGACAGAGUAAAUGCUUUAUGCCGACAAAAAGAAAAAUUGGAAGAAAAAAUUAUGGAACAUUAUAAAAAACUUGACAACUGCACGACAAAACGACGAGGCUUUGGUGCGUCAUUUGUUAAAAGAGUACGAAAGGCUGGAACGGAUUUAAUUAACAAAGUACCUUCCCGAAGCAAUAAAAGGAUUGAAGAUGCGAAUCGUUCUAAAUCACAAUUAACAUUAGCAGGAUCAGAAUCUGGCGAAUCAGAUCCAGGUAGUCAAGAUUUAGAGAAGUUAUCUAAAAUUUCUGACCAUGACCAAGGAUCUUCUAAUCCAAGUGUCGAAUCACCUAGACACAGCUCUGACUCGAGCUUCAGACGAUUUGACGAUAGUUUGCUAAAGAAGUCUGAUAAUAUGGAAAUGUCAGGUUCAAUUCAUAGUCUUGACCCAAUAAGAAUGACUGGUGAAAGUAAUUUUGUUAGAAGAUUGUCAGCAGCUUCAAUUCAUAGCGGAGGUGGGGAUGAUGCCCUGAUUCGAGCAUCUCUCAGAAGGCGACCACAUAAAACCGUGCCAUCAUCGCAUCGAAAUAGUUAUCAGGGUGUAGAGGGUGAAUCGAGCUUGCCAGCAGCAUCGACUCCUUCUCCUGUAUUCGGAACGGCUGGAACACGUCGGACAGUAUAUUUAGCUGAUGACAACCAAGACGUAAACAUAACCAGUAAACCUCAGAGCACACCUGUUAAAGAAAACCCAACUUACUUGGUUUACAAUAGAAUUUCAACCGUUAUUGGUGAUGGGGCGUGUCAAAGUAACAGUGAUAGGUCGAUGGAACAUAGACCUGUGUCUGAUCAACCGCGUUCCAUGGAAGAGAAUACACCAGAACGAGAAGAUUUGCGAAAUGACAAACGUACGGUGAGUCGCAACGAAAAAACUGAUAACUCAAAGGAAACAGCAAUUUGGUAUGAAUAUGGGUGUGUAUAAUUUUUCAUAAUACACCAUAAAAGACAAAAUAAUUUGGUUAUGUAAUAGAUUGGAUAGACUGAUGGUGGCCUUGAGUGAGGAAAUAUUGUGAUGGAAUGUAAAAAAUUGGCCUUAAUACAUUUAAAAUGUAUCUUAAUGAUUGUAAAGACAACAGUAUUAAUUCGGCAUUUAUUUUAGACAACCUAUUAUGUUUGUGGUAAAGUUAAUUUUAUAUAUUUUACAAUUUGUACCAUAUCUAUAUUGCGAAAAAAUAUGUUUGAGGCUAAACCUUAUCUUAAUCUUUAUACGAAUAAUUAAAAUAUAGCAAUAUGGAUAAUAGUGACUUCAUAGUUAGUUUGUGUGACAUUAUAUCACAUUGAAGAUUACCUUGCCAGUGGUCUGUGAAUUAGCAAUAAUAAAAUAGCAUAUAGAUGCAGCCUCUUCCAUAUAAUAUUUACUCAUUGUAGUUAUUACUACACAUUUAUAAAUCUAAGCGUAAUUUGUGAUUUAUUCUGAUAUUUUUUUGUUAGAAGUCUUAAUAUGCACACAUUAAGUAAGUUACUGAUUUAUUUCAAUUCUAUUUUAUUUAAUAUUAACACACAAGAAAUAUCAGUCCCAGUGUACCUAAAAGUAUAUUUAUUCGUUAUAAUUAUGCGAUAUCAAACGCAAUUCAAUGUUUUAAUUUACAUACAUAAUAUUAUUAAAUACUGUAAGAAAGUAAUGCAUUUAUUCUGCACAGUUGCAGUAGGAGUUUUUAUCACGAUAUAUUUAAUUAUUAGUAUCAGCUUCGACUGUUUACUUCAAAACAUGAAUUAUAUAGGUGAAUGAUCAUAUUUAGUACAAAAUAUUAUAAUGGUUUUAAAUGAGUACAUAUAGGGUAUAAGUUAAAAUCAAUUACAGAUUAGAAGAUCAAUUUAAUUUUUAUAACUGACAAAUUUUAUUUUUAUGGAUGAAAAAUAUCCAUCUGAUUAUAUAAGUCUGUGUUUGUGUUGUGUGUCAUUAUAGUAAUAUUUACUUUUCUAAAGAGAUUAAGCAUUGUAAUCAUAGACUGAUAACAGUAAUAUUAGUUAAAUAUUCCGUUAUUUUCGUAUACUUUUCUAGAUCUUAAUUGAAUUGAACGCUGAUUUACAUUAUUAUAUAAAACAGUUACUAAUUAAUGGACAUCACAAUACUCUGUUUUUAAAUGAUUUACUUUAGAUAUGCACCCUCGGUUUCAAGAUUAGGAUUGGUACUACCAUAUGGUGCUCUGCUUUACUUAUAGUUAGCAAAUCUUGCUAUUCAUUUAUGUAAUGAAAAAUGAAGUUUUAAAUCAAUUUGUAUUAUAUAGUCAUGUACUUAAUAAUCGCCUCUCACCGAAUUACGUAUCUUAGCACUCUUCUUUCUAAUAAAACAUCGAAAUAUUU